AUGAUUUUUUAAAAUAGAAAUUUUCUGCUACUUUUCUUAGGUUUUCUAUCUUUAUUUUCUAUCAUAAGCUCUAAAGAAGUUUAACUGAUUAAGAUUGAUUUGGAUAAAAAUGAAAGAGAUAAUGAAAAAACUCUCUUAUCAUAAAGCUCAACUAUCAAUUUGUUAAAUUAGGAAAAUCUUGCUUAUGUUGGAUUAGUAUAAAUUGGUACUCCUGCUUAAAAUUUUUAUGUUAUAUAUGAUACAGGUUCUAAUGAUCUUUUUGUUUAAUAAUAUGGUUGUUAAGGGUGUACAGUUACACCUAGUUUAGGCUAUACACCAAAUGUCUAUAAAUCUUGGCUAUCAUCUACAAGCAGUGUUUCAACUAAUAAAAUAUAGCUGAGUUAUGGAUCAUUAACUGCAUACGGAUAUAAAGGAAAUGAAAGUGUUUGGUUAAAUGGGCACGCUGCAACUGCAUUUAAAAUGAUAUUUGUUUAUCAAGAAGGUAGUUCAUAGUUUGGUAGUAAAAGUUCAGCUUUUGAUGGUAUAAUGGGUUUGUCUAAUGCCUAAUCAAAUAUUAAUAUAUUUGAAUAAGGAAAAUCGGAAGGAGUUUUAAAUACUUCUCUCUUUGCAUUUGAUUUAGCAAAUAAUAAAUUUUACUAUGAUGAUAUCGAUUAAAAAUAUCUCGAUGCUCCAUCAGUACCUUGUUCCAUGGAUGAUAGAUGGACAUUCACAAUUUUAGGCCUUCAUAUUAAUGGAUAAGAUUAUACUGAUAGUUUAAGCUCUUAAGAUGGCUUAGUUGACUCAGGAACAUCUUUGAUUUAUUUAAGCAAUGGAGUUAUAUCUGCAAUUGUAAAUUCAAGUAGUAAAUUUUCAAGUAGACUUUAAGGAGCAUAUAGCUUAGAUAAUUGUGCUGGUUGCUUAUGCUAAGAAAUCAAUUUUCUUCCUGUAAUAGAAUUUUAUUCAAGAGGAGCUUUAAUACUGUUACCUCCUUCUUAGUACAUGAUGGUAUAUUCUUAAUACUGUAUAUUGUCAAUUUAAGACAGCUCAUAAUUCGGAUUCAAUCUUUUAGGUGAUGCUUUUAUGAGAUAGCUAGUUGUUACAUACAACAAAUAAGAUAAUGAAAUGACUUUCUAUGGACCAAACAGCUCUUUUAUGACUAACAAGAAAACUAUACCAACUUUUAUAGUUUUAACAGUAUUUGCUGCAUUAGGAAUUUUAGCACUCCUUUUUGUUUCAUAUAGAGCUCAUAAAGUUAAACAAAGUUUAUAUUACAAUAACUCACCUUUAACUAGGAGAUUAAUUUGA